GGAAAGUAUAAGACGAAAGUAUGUGUGAAUAUUUAUUCGUUAUAAAAUGAUGAAUAUUCUUAUUUGAGAGAAUGCAGUGCCCGAAUCCUCAAUGCCCGGAUCCAGACCUAGUAUAUCUUCUUUUAAUUACUGGAGAAAACCCCGAAUUUUGUCCAAAAUGCGGCGAAGUUUUAGUAAGCUUACGUCAGGACUGGUCCGACCUCCAGGAAGAACAGAAAGAAGGAAGGCAAGGCAAAAAGAAUGAAUAUCUCCAAGUUUCCAUUCAAGAAAAUAGCCAAGAUACUGGUGAUACCGUAACCCAAAUACCUUUGGCUGAAGGUUAUCAACUGAAAAGUAGCGAAGUGGAUAUAUUGGGAAGUGAGUGUGUUUUUGGGACAGCAUCUUCAGGGAAUCGGCCAGAGCAACUGGACAUGUUUCAUCCUGAUCAUGAAGUGGCCACAAGUGGUGCUAAAACAUUUUAUGGAAGAGGGAGUAAGAGAAGUAGCCCAAUAAAUGAAUCGGACAUUGAUGUUAGAGAAGGUGCAAAAAGAUUGAAGAACAAAAAUGAAAAGUCAGAUGAUAUUCACGAUACAGAAAGAAGAACAUAUAAGGAAGUUGACGGCAGUUGUGAAUUUGAGCCACCAGUUUUAGAAGAAAGUCAAUUACCAGAACAAAGCAAAGAGAUCAAGGAAGAUCACACAUUUAGCGAAGACAGAAGCUUAAUGGAAAGUUAUUUGUCACUUGAUGACAUCGAGUCAGAUGAGGACCAAGUUACAAUCAUAUUUCAUGGUUUAUUGUCCCCAAGUUUUGAAUUUAAACCCAGAGAGCAUCGGGUUUUUAUUAGGGCUGGCAACGAAAGACUCGGUUUAUCAUGGCAUAAUAAUCUUGUCGAAAUUAACCCUGUCAGACAAACCAAGGAUAACUUUUUCGAAAUUUGUGGUCAUGUACAAUUGCCCAUUGGGUUUCUGCCGUGCUGUAUUCAAUACAAGUAUGUGGUGUGCACUUCUGAAGCAACUAUUGAGUGGGAAUACUUAAAGUUUUCUGACAAUUCUAGCGAGGUUUAUACGAAUCGCACUAUAGAUUUGUCUAAAGGCAGUUACUUUAAGAGUGGUGUUUGGCAUCAGUACGAUGGUGUCAUUUAUCCCGAACGAAGAGAAGGCAUGUUUGAAAAGAUAUGGAACACUUGCUUCUCGCCACGUGCAGCUAUAAGAGAUCGAGAACUUGCAGUCUUCRCUUUUCUUCCCAAGUGGAAAGGCUUUGUCGAUGGCAAUGAAUUCGACAUAAUGACAGCUACAGAGGCUUUAGACCAAACAUUUGCAGUGAAUCGUUGCCUAUCAUGGGUUAAUGUUUCUAUUGGAAAUCGUGUGAUUAACAACUUGGUGCAGGGUUUUAAUUUUUCUAAGGUUUUGGUGGAGUUUCUGACGCCAAAGAUCAGUUCAAACGCAAACAUCAAGGAGGAAGAGCUCAGUUCCCCACCUAUUCGUGUGGAACGUCUAGUUUCAUGCCUCGCGAUAACCAUUCUUAUUAAAGAGUUUGACUUAAAACUACCUCCUAUUCUGGUCCAAGGUAUCAUUCGUUGUUUGGCAGUAGGUACGAACGACACCGUAGGCCAAAGAUGCGACUUUGAUGAGAUCCAUAAACAUUUUCCUGAAGAAAUGUGGGGGUCUCUUGCCCAGGCCAUUUUGCAUUUGUUAAAGGCUGCUAAAAUAGCUGACACAAUUAUAGCAGUUCCACUUCUUCAUUUCCUGCGUAAAGACUCCAAGCCUUUCGAGGAACCCGAUGUCACACAGGAACUAACCCUCAAAUCUUGGUGUUGUUCAGACGGUUUUCCGCAAUUCAAACCUGACAAGUUUGUAGAGACGUUUCUGCCACAAGUUCUUCCAAUGUUCUCAAUGGACCCUUUAUUACGCAGAUUCUUUCUAUGCUGCACUCCAUUCGAGGAAUUCAAAGAAAUAUCUUCUAACGAUAUUUUCCCAGUACACGAAAUAUGCCACGCUCUUUCAUUGAAACUACGCGAAGGAAAAUAUUUUGCCAAGAGUGCAAUAUCGAAUUUAUUUGCGACAUUUAUGAACGACCUCAUCCAACGACUAGAAGGAUGCAGUUCAAACAACCAAAGAGAGCCGGAUCAAAACUCAAUCUUCUGUGCCAAGUCGACAUGUUUUCUUUUAGAAAAAUUCCAAAAGAAAUAUGGAAUCAAAGAAGAGUCUUUUUUUGAAGUCCUUAACCUUGCAGUAGUGGCCCUCAAAAACAUUGAACAGCCUUCCCAUGAAAGUGAGAUAGAGAUGCUGGAUCAGAAAACAAAGGAGCAUAAAGCGACAUUUACAGCUAUUUGGAAAGUAGUAAAAACUGGGAUCGAAAACGAGUUGUCAUUUUCUCGGAUCACAGAAUACGAAAAGAAAAAGCUAAAGGUAUGGAACACAUUACUUGCGGUCAAUUUCUCAGAAGAAGAACUUUCAAAAACGUGGCGUGCUAAAAUCAUUUCCCUUUUUGAACUUAACACGAAGAAGCUGAGCAACAAAGACGCCAUUGAUCUAUUUUGUGAAGUUGAAGCAAAUGAAUUUAACGAUAAUUUGGUGGACUCUAUAAAAAGUCAUGCGUUAGUGGUGGCAAAGAGGAUAGCAGAAACGAAAGACGAAGAAAAGUGCAUCAACUCACUGCAACUUAAAUGCUUGAAAGAAAACUCGUCCAAAGCCGGGCAGUUGCUUUCACUAGUAUUGACUCAUUCUUGGAGCAAAGCGAUGACCAAAACGACGGAAGACGUUGGCAAAACGAUUCUUCACUAUAUCCUUACAUGGAAACCAUGGCAAGGCUUACUCAAGCUCUACGCCAAAGUUAAAAGCUCGCCUGAUGUCAAGGACAUGAUGACAGACGAAGCAAAUAAUUUGAUCAAUCAAGUUAUAACUCAUUUUAUUAGUAUCCAGUAUGCACUCGAAGAAGGAACGGUUGAUGUGAAACGUUUAGUACUGCUGAAGGAAUUCAAGCAUUCCUUUUUGAGUCUGUGCGCCACUUUGAAGAGUAUUGAAAAAGACAUUGGAAGUAUGCAAGACGUUCUUACCGAGAAAUCUGUGAAGAAAAGCUUAAUAAAACGAAUAGACGAGCUUCAGACUUUUGAAACUUUGAGAGUGGAAAUACUGGAAUUCAUUAACCUCUGCACUGCGUCACGAAAUUACGCUUCAUUUGAUUUCGCCUCCCUUGACUCAAAAGCAAACUGUGAUAUCUCGGACACACCACUAGUAAAGUUGUGUAGACGCCUUCCACAGAGCGACGAAGCACCAGAUGGAGAGAUUGAUGUGGUGUUUUUCGGACAACUCUCUAAGAGUUUCCGCUCUAUGCUCUCUCAGCUUGUCGUUGCUUCAAAAAGCGUAAUAUUUUGUACCUUCUGGUCGAAAUAUUGCAAAACUGCGUGGACAAAGCGGGUAGACAAAUCGAGUGGAUUCACCUUGGACGAAGUACAAAAUGAAGUCUGGAAGCCCGCCAUCGACAAAUUAGAACACCUUGCAAAGGAAACUAAAGAUGGUUCUAUUAGUCUUAAGGGCAUAGACAAAAACUUCAAGAAAGUCAAAGAUUUAGAGAAAGAGCUGAGAAUCUUGUUCGAAGUCAUAGAUGUGGACAAAACCACGUUGGAUGAAACAGUUUCAGAACGAGCGUCGCAAAUAAAUCUUUACAAUAGUCUUCAGAACGGCAUGUUAGCUGUAGAGACUGUUUGGCAGUUCAAAGAAUCACUUCAAUUAAGGGGAGAUUUUACUAUUAUUGACGAACUAAAUCGUCAAAAUUCAAAGGAAUUUAAAGAAAAGAGGCUCGACAGUAUCGGCGAGAAUUUCUCCCAUGCGAAUGACUCCUUAAGAGUAAUAUCUCUUGAAAACGCACAAUGUCUCCGUGCGAUUAUUGAUUGCCAACCGUUAGUUAUAUGGCUAAGAGAGACCAUCAAAGACACAAGUGCAUUAAGUACUCUAGUGGACCUGGCAAUGAUUUCAGCAGGCGAAAAUGACCUUGAGGUCGACCGUAUUUCUAACUUCCACACAAGCUGCCUUAAUUUUGCCUCUCUUAUCUUUGAUUUUGAUGUGGACAUUGGUUUCACUGAAUUAAUGACGGCAUGUCAAUCAGUCUGGAAAGCUCUGAAAGACGACAAGCAGCUCCCAACAAAGCUGUACGACACCCAUCGCCACUUAGAAUGGCUGAAGGCGGUCGAACAAUCUCAUGGCUCUGUGGAGAUGUCAUCUUUGAUGCAAACCAAAGCCAUCAACUCCUCGGGUGUGUAUCGUGUAGGCCAUAUAACGCCAGAAGAUACUACCAGAAGCAUCUUUAUGUCCAGCGAGAAGAUGUCAUUAGAGCACGUUAUGACGCUGACAGUGCCAAUCGACCAAGCACCGGUAGCCCAUCGCCCACAUAAUGAUGAAAAAGAAAUGCGCGACUUGACAAAAAAUGAAGAGCUGAAAAAGUAUUCUUUGAAUGACUUGAAGGAUUUGCAAAGUAAGCUUAUGCUGAUUGCCGGUAAAACUGCCAAGCUGCAAAAUAAAGAAUGUAUUGAAAGCACUGAGGAGAUCAACAAGUUUGUUGAGAUACUGGAAGGAAUAAUCAGAAUUGGUCAACUUUACAUCGACCUUUGCGAAGCUGGUGAUGAUCAGUAUCUAACAUGGAGCAAAGAGGUCGUGUGUUCAGACAACCGGUCGUCACAUGGRUCUGUUCAUGAGGAAAUAUUGCAGAGUAUUUUAGUCAUGGAAAAAAGGCUUAGGGAGUGGCAAAAUGAUGUCCACGAGAAACGAAGACAGUAUAAGGAAUUGAAUCACUUUACAGCCAAACAAAUUCUUGUGUUGAGAAGAGAACUCGGUCUGUUGCGUCGUGGCUCUAGUCUGGAUGUACCUUUGCAAGUAUACACCUUACUCGAGAGUGUGAAUGUUGACAUAACAAGUGAAGAGCUAAUUUUAACAUUGAAAGAGAUUCUUGGGAUAAAGAUUGACGCAGCUGGAACCGAAGAGGAAGAAAGUGAUGUUGAACUGGAUCAAAGUGACAGCUAUGAGGAAAUGGAAGAAGACACUGACCGGAUGUAUCUGACUUUGGACAAAUUGGGGUCUAUACUCGUCAAGCUCGCUACAACAUGUACAAAACCCAAGCCGAGACGAUUUCCCGAAUAUCUUAAAGUUGAUCAACCUAAUUUGGUUCUAGUUGAUCAAGGCGAGAUUUUCCCCACUGUUUUAUCAUUGUACAUGAAAUAUGGAGAGAACACUGUUCCUACCCCAAGUGAAGUUUUAGUCUGUUCCCCAAAUACUACAGAAGAAGAAGUAGAAUUAUUCUGGUGGCGUGCCUUUGGAGACUCAAGCGAGCAGAUUUACUGCUUAGUAAGUCCUGAUCUCCUUGACUAUAACGUCAGUCAGGCCGCUCUAAACGCGUUUAGUACUCUCAAACGGGAGUUUGCAGGGACAACCGUUGGUUAUAGAAUUCUGGUAUUGUGUAGCACACAGAAUGAGGAUCGUUCCCAUAUCAUUGCUGCCUUCGAUACCUACAGGAUAAACGCUCCAAUCUGCGCCCCUGCUGAACAUCUGUCUGACUACUUAAGAAGACAAUUCACUCGCACAGAACCACUAACAGGAUACAUCGAUGAAGAAGAGAUUCCUUGGAUACAUGCAUGCAGUCUUGAUCCAGACAAGCUUGGGAUUAGAGUGGUUUCAUCCAACCGUGCGGGCGUUGGCAAGUCUUUAGUGGUGUCGAGGCUGGCUGAAAAACUGUUGGAGCUACAAAACAACCACAAGGUGAUGGAGUCGAAAGAACAUGAACAAAUCAAGCUUGCCAUCACAGUACCUCUACAUCGUACUGUGGUAAACACCUGCGCAGUUCUGGAUGCGCUGUGGCAGAAUCCAGUGAGGGCAAAUCUUCCCGUCUCGAGGUUAAUACAUCUAGAUGUUUCUCCAUCGGUAACUGAAGGUUUAGAUUACGUACUGUUUAACCUACUUGUACUUGGAGUGCUGUCGGACAGUAAUGGUCGCUUAUGGAGAAGAAGAGCCACAGACCUCUAUGUGGUAGAGAUGACCAAACUAAUCAAAAAGCCAUCCAAUACGCCACCUUUGAAGGCUCAUAUGAGUGCCUCUUUCAUCUCGUUACUCCCAACAAUAACGUGUGUUACUCCCAAAGAAACACUGGAUCAACUCAAGAUGAACAAGGAUUCACUGGCAGUUCCAUUAUUUGACGAGCAGGAGUACCGAAGUGUUCCUAUAAAUCGUGUUUUUCAGUACUUACAGAAAUACGAUACACAUCAGAAUUUAGACCGCUAUCACUUUACUGUCGACGAAGCGAUGGGUUCCCCUGACGAAUGUCUUCAGUUGAUUAUCAAAUAUUGCGGAAUAAAGGACCCGUCGUGGUCCGAGCUCAAGCAUUUCAUAGACUUUCUUAACUCUCAGUUGCAAGAUUGCGAGGAAAGUACAUUCUGUAACGCAGAACACAUGGAUGAUACAUGGAUGGAGGGGACGCUUCCUGGAUUCAAGUCGUUCGUUGUUCAUUUCAUGGUCACCAUGUCGAGAGACUUUGCCACCCCAUCUCUAGAAAACAAUGUCACGUUUACUCCUGAAUCGUCUGAACACGACAACGAUGAAGAUAUUAGACCUCUGAAGCUGAGAAGACGAUGGGAGAGCAGCGCGCAUCCCUACAUCUUCUUCAACAAAGACGGGAUUACGAUGACUUUUCUUGGAUUCCACGUUGACGAAAAUGGUAAUCUGAUCGAUCCUGAUACCAGUCAACUCAUCGAAAGAGGCCUGAUGACCUCUAAUUUGAGGAGAGGAUUACAUCACCAGGGAGUGGGAUUACAAGAAAACUAUGCAAAUUGGGAUAAGUGAGUAAAGAAUCAACCACUUGUUUGCCCCCCCCCCCCCAAACUAAAAAAAGUCACGUGAUUGACAGUAAGCAAUUGACAAAUCCUUGUGCAAUAUUAAUUCUCUUUAUUGACUAGAUGUGGUAUCCCUGUGGUGAUUAUGGGAGAGACUGGAUGCGGCAAGACACGUUUGAUUCAAUACAUGUGUGCUCUUCAAGCUGGAAUAAACGGUCCGCGGAAUAUGCUGGUGAUGAAGGUCCAUGGAGGCACAUCAUUCGAAGAUAUCUGCAGAAAGGUGGAGCAAGCAGAAGAAAUGGCUAGGAGGAACGAGGAGCAUCAAAUUGACACGGUGCUGUUUUUCGACGAAGCAAACACCACUGAUGCACUACCUAUGAUAAAGGAAGUUAUGGUUGAUCGAAGAAUCAAUGGGCAACCAGUGGGAGAGGGGCUACAACGGCUGCACUUCAUCGCUGCCUGCAAUCCUUAUAGAAGGCAUAGCAACAGGAUGAUAGAAAAGCUAGAGUCUGCUGGUUUAGGCUACAGCGUCAAAGCAGAUAAAACUAAAGAAAGACUAGGCAAAAUUCCUUUGCGCCACCUUGUCUAUCGUGUCCAUUCCCUGCCUGAAAGCAUACGUCCUUUAGUUUGGGACUUUGGUCAGCUUAGGCCCGAAACAGAAGAGAGGUACAUCUGUGAAAUUGUCAGCAGAUACGUGCGUAACGACCAGGUAGAGAAAACCAUACCUGGUAAUGGAGCACUAAUAAGAGCAAUAUCCGCUGUUCUAUCUGCAGCACAAAGACACAUGAGAGAACAACAGGAUGAAUGUAGUUUCGUCAGUCUACGGGAUGUCGAAAGAGCAAUGACUAUCAUGACGUGGUUCUACGAACAUCAUUCGUUGCUUAGACCCCAGGCUACCUCAAGUGAAAAGCCUAAGAGCGACGACGAGAAAAGCGAAAAUGAAGAUGAGAAAGAGACACAAAAAGAAGAGGGUGUGGAUAGGGUCACGUGGUCUUUGCUUUUAAGCCUUGGUGUUUGUUAUCACGCAAAGCUACGUCAGCGUUCUGACUUCCGAAGAAAUGUUGUAUCAGCGUGCGAGUUUCCGCUGAAGAAUAACAUAAACGAAAAACAAAUGAAGACAGAAAUUCUCAGGUGUCAGAAGGUGUUGAUUGAAGAACUCAAUCUGGGUCCCAACAUCGCUCGUAACACAGCCCUCAGUGAGAACGUGUUCAUGAUGGUGGUUUGUAUCGAGCUUCGUAUCCCUCUGUUCGUCAUCGGUAAACCAGGCAGCUCCAAAUCACUUGCCAAGACAGUUGURGCUGACAAUAUGCAAGGAGAUGCGUCCAAGUCUCAACUCUUUAAGACAUUUAAGAGGGCUCAUAUGGUAUCCUACCAAUGCAGCCCACUCUCCACUCCUGAGGGUAUCGUUGCAACGUUCAGACAAUGUCGACGGUUGCAAGACAAUAAUCCAGAYGGCCGAUACGCAUCAGUAGUAGUGUUAGACGAGGUUGGUUUAGCAGAGGAUUCACCUUUGAUGCCGCUGAAAACCCUUCACCCCUUGUUAGAGGAUGGAGUGACGUCAUCUGAUGACAUCACCGAGACCAACGAGAAACCCACUCGAGUAGCUUUUAUAGGAAUAUCAAACUGGGCUCUAGACCCCGCUAAGAUGAACCGAGGCUUGAUGUUAGUGCGUGCUGAGCCCAGUAUGAAGGAGCUGGAAGACAGCGCAAGGGGAAUCUGCGCCGAACGAGAAGAUGUACAGACUAUCUUGUCAUCUUUACUUAAUAAACUUGCUGCUGGUUAUGCUGACCUUUAUAGGAAACAAAAGAAAUUUGAGUCAUUGCGGCAAUCUGGGAGAGACGAGUUUUUUGGGUUGCGUGACUUCUAUAGUCUCGUAAAGAUGGUGUACAGCAUUGCAGCGCAAGAAGGCAGAAAACCAAACUGGAAGGAACUUGAGCGUGCCAUUAGAAGGAACUUUGGCGGGCUUGAUGAAAUCAAUGCCGUAGAGAUCUUUAGAAAGCGCGUGACUCGUGGAAGUGAUGAAGGAAUGCGGGAACGUGAGGCAGUAAACACGUUGGACUUGCUAACAGCUAGUCUAGAUCGCAAAAACACUAUUGGUGAAAGUCGCUACCUUCUUGUCUUGACGGAGAACUACUCCGCCCUUAGAAUUGUGGAGCAGCAGCUUAAUAAAAACAAGGAGGACUAUGUUGUGAUUUUCGGGAGCAGUUUUCCUAAAGAUCAGGAAUAUACACAGGUUUGCAGAAACAUCAACCAAAUAAAAGUGUGUAUGGAAACAGGACGGACAGUUAUACUGCUUAAUCUGGAGAAGCUUUAUGAGAGUCUUUAUGAUGUUCUAAAUCAGUAUUACGUUUACUGUGCCGAUCAAAAGUACGUGGAUCUUGGUCUUGGCAGCCACAGAGUAAAAUGCAGAGUUGACAAUGACUUCAGACUCAUUGUCGUUGCUGAGCAAGAUGUAGUUUACAAGAAAUUUCCGAUACCACUUAUCAAUCGCCUUGAAAAGCAUUACCUGGUGACGUCCAAGAGCCUGGAUCAAGCGCAGCUGGACAUUGUGAAAGUCCUCAGAGAAUGGGCUCGAAGCUUUGCGUCAGCUCAAGUCCCACGUCAUAAAGGGCAAAAACAUUUUGAGAUCGGGGAUGCCUUUGUUGGCUAUCAUGAUGACACCAUACCAUCAAUGGUACUUCAAGUUUGUUCAGACCUCGGUAAUGGCGGUCACUUGAACGAGGAAAAUGUAAGCAAGAUAAUGGACAAAUGUAAAAGCCUUUUAAUUAAGUGUGCCACCCCAGACGCUAUCGCACGGCUAUCUAACACUGCCAUCAAGGACCAAGUUCAGUACAUUCAAGAUGUCUACUUUAAGAAACAAGAACACACCAGUUUGGUGAAAUAUCUAGAAAACGCUUUGAGAACGGACGAUGCAUCUAGGUCCCACCUUGGUCUUUUGGCACAGGUAUCGACGCAUUCCCGAAUGUUAUCCGAGAAUGAUAUGACAGAGAUAUGCAAGGCAGCCGGAAUCAAGCAUUGUUAUGCUAAACUCCUUACCUUACAGCAGUUUCAAACUGAGCAACAGUUUAUAAAACAAGUCAGGGAUUUUCUUCAAACAUUAAACAGGAAUGAAGGAAUACUUCUUGUGCAGUGUGAUUCAAGUGAUGAAAACUUUAACCUCCUUUCAUGCAGCCGUCACUUACUCAUGGGUCAGCGUCUAAAACGAGCCGACAUGCUUACUGAAAACCAAAUGGAUCAAACUAAACUACCGCCUGUCAACCUGGUGAUCAUCGCGCAGCUACCCCGUGUCAAAGGGGGAUGCAAAAACUUCGUAGGUUUCCAAGGUGGCAUGUGGGAAUCAGUUCACAUAGAUGAUUUGUGUCCUCCGACUAUUCAUUUUCCCCCAAUAGAAUGCCUUCUUGAUCAGUCUAUUAGUAGCCUUCUUAAACCAGAGGUAAAUUACCAAGAUAUAGAAAUGGAAGAAGUUGUUGCAGAGGAAAAACCGGAAAGAGAAGACGCGAGAGAGGAAACUGAAAGUGGGAAAGAAGAUACAGUGAUGGAGGUAGAUGACGAUGAUGAUGUUGCUGCUGUUGAUGAUGAUAAACAGACUCCUGCUAUUACUUUCAAUGAAAACAAUGCUCAUCACUUGAGAAUUGAUACAGAAGCAAUGGAAACAAACGAAAGCGUUCCAGAACAAGUCUCAGAAGAAAAAGCCCAACCUGAGCAUAAACAUCCAGGUGAUCACGAGGUACACAAAAAAUCAAGGAAAGAUGCAGAACAGAAAUCUCAAAAUAAGGUUGAUGUUGUGGUGUUGUUGCGUAAAAGUAUCCAGUCUGCAGCUGGACGGCUAAGAGAUCACUCUUCAAUGCUGGACAGGACGACCGAAAGAAUAAACAUACUUUUAAAACUUCUUCCCGAGAACUAUGCCAGUUUACCAGUUGAACCAUCAUUUGCAAGUAUUUUACAUUCUAAGAUCUACGAGCUUCUAGAAAAAAAGAACAAAAUUGCUGGUCAUCUAGCAUUCGACUGGGUUCAUCGCGAGGCACUCGAAGAAAUUAGCGUACACGAGCAUGGCACCUUUGUGAAGGCAUUACACCACAGAAUAUUAUCUGAGAUAGAACCUUUGGUGGCCAAAGUUUUGGUGUGCGUAGACAGAGACUGUAAUCUCGAUCUUCUGUAUGACUCAGAAAACGGUCCAUGGAUAUGCAGGUUAUGGAACUCUAUUUUUGACAAUGAUCGAUUGUGUAAGAUAUUUUAUGACCCCUCCAAAAGUGCCUCAACCCAUGAACAGGUUGCCGUGUCAGGCCGUGGAAGACAUGCUUUUUGUUGCCGUUUUCCGUUCUCGUGGCUGAUCAAAAGUUUGAUCGAUGACCUGAUGAGAGGAGCAUCUGAUGUCUCGAGUCAUUCAAAAGAGCAGAAGCUACGUAAUAUAUUGGAGAGCUCAGAGCUCAGCCAAAUUUUUAAGAUAAUCAUAGAAGAGGGUAAACAAGAGGUGGCCGUUAUGCGAUAUCUUCAUGACUUUGUUCACAUUGUGUACAAGCCUAGCAGCGAUGCCCCAGACAAAGAAAUAGAGCUCGUUUGCAACGCUAUUUUGAUGGACUUUCAAAAGAGAAGUGAAGAAAAGGUUGCCUUAGAUUUUGCUGCUAUUCACGUAACGUACGAUCGUAUUCAAGCAAGGAUCAACAAUUUUCAUCAACUGAUCAAAGCAGAACCUAGGUUACGGCAAUUGUUAUCAAGUAGCUCACAUCCUCUGGGUAUCGACGUUGCAGGCCUGUUGGCCUGUUUGGAAACACUAGAACCCAGGUCUGAAGACUUAGACACAAAUGAGCACAGGAAUCAAUGGUGUGGAAGGGUAUUAAAUGUAAGAAAAACCAUUGAAACUAUGACAUCAAAAGAUGUCUUCUCGAAGACCUAUGUGGAGACUGAACGAUAUGAAGAAGAGGAAAAGGAGUUGCUCAAGAAGAUCUGGUUGAUGUGGCAACGUUUGAAUGUUGUUAGACUAUUCAUCGAUGACGUGUGCAAUGCUUGCCGACAACUGAAUGAUGACGAAAUCACUCAAUAUGUUAAUAAGCUUUGGAAGGUACUCGGAGAAGAUCCAAAUUUCUUGAAAGUCACGUAUGUUCAUCGACUAGAAAGGUUCUUACUGGACUGCAGCUACGAUCUCAGUAGACGAAACAAGUGUUCCGAUGCAAUGACUUGUCCCAUUUGUGGACGUGAGGUUGAACUACCUUCUGUUGCGCCUUGUGGUCACUGUACGUGUUUAGAGUGCGCUAUACGUUGGUCUAGUGAACGCUCUACUUGUCCAAAAUGCCGGGCGCAAUUUCCAGCUGAUUAUGUACCCAGCGAAUCCAAAACUAUGAGAAAUGCAAUAGAAAACGUGAAGGAAUUUCGAAAUCAUUGUAACUCCUACUUUAUGGAGGUGGUUUCACUGUUUUGCUUUGGUUAUUUCCCGUGUGGUUCAUUGGAAGAGGACACGUUCGAUCUUCUUAUGAGUUUCGCAACAGGAGACAAGGGCUCAAACACAAAGUCAUUCUCGCCUUUUCCGGAUUAUGGCGUAGAUUCAACACCUGUUGUCAGGUCGUUCUUGCUGCAACAGCUCUUAAGAUCAAGGAUGCUAUCAGUGGCAAGUUUGCUAAGGAAACCUGCGAGCUUUCUCUUGACCAGAAACUACGCCUUAUCACAAAAGACUGCAAAACGGCUUUCAGCUUGUUUUAUGGACAAAAACCGAAUAGCCAGCAAGCUCUAAGUAUCAAUUGGCUGGAAGGAAUUGCUCGUAGUAGGGUUGUGUUGUCAUUAACUGCGGAGCUGAUUUAUCAACGCCAAUCUGAGCAGGACGAACAGAAAUGGUCACACCCCGAUGUGAAAAGUCACUUUAGUAAGCUUCUUGCUGAAGUACGCAGAUUAUGUUUGCAAGAUCCGUCGACAGUGACAUCAACCCCUAGGCUGUUUCUGCUCAAACAGCUUUCCAGAAAGUAUGGAUUUGAGUCCAUCAACAACUUGGCGCAAAAUAGCGAAUUCGAUUGGAUUUUGCCGCCUGAGUCAAAAGCAUCUGUCAAGGUAACGCAAGACAGAUUCCUAGUCUAUGGGAUUCAAUAUCAGGACCUGCGGGAAAUGAUCUCCAGAUCCUUAGUCAGUCGAGACAUGAGCAGAGUAGAGGAUAAGCUGAAGGAAAUGAAGGGUACUGUUGAAAGAGCAAGUGCAGUCUUGCUAUUGGGAAUAUUUCAAGAGGUUACAGCAGAUCGACAUGUGACACCAAUAGCAAGGCAAAAUUUGGAAAAGUUCCUUCAGGACUCUGCAUAUUUAAACAACAAGGCACGCGAAUUAGCAGUGGAACUUAUUUCUGAAACUCAAUCCCAAAGCAGCAUUAAAAGCAUGUAUGUUCUGGCUGGAAAGACACCGUGGGACACGAGCGUGUUGGAGAUUGUCAUUCAUCUUGCUGCUGUGUUGUUUUCGCGGGAAAAUGAUGACCUGUUGGGGCCUCUUGUUAGUCUUGCUUUACGGCCUGAUACUAUGAACGAUUCGUUUCUUCCAACGAUGCCCGAAGACCCUCUAGAGUAUGUAAGGGCAUCAAUAGCUGGUGGCAGUAGUGUUUUGUAUGAAUGUGAAAAUGGUCAUCCUUAUCUUGUGACUGAGUGCGGAAAGCCAACAGAAUCUAGCAGAUGCAGGGAACCUGGCUGUGGGAAGGCAAUUGGUGGACUCAACCAUAGACUAACUUCAGGCAACAGAACAGCACGAACCGAUGAUCAGACAAGCAAGGGACAUGUUCUUGGUUCUCUUGAUAGAAGAGAAAGAGAUCCAACCCCAGAAAGAGAGAUGACUCCUUUAGGCAAGUGCCUUCUUCGCCUGCUAGUUCAUGGUUCCAUGUUGAUCGGUUCUUGUUACCGCCCACAGUGCAUAUCUCAGCUUAUCCUACCAUCAGUACGUGUAGAAUCCUUGCAGGAGUUUCUAUGGAAACAUGCCAUACAUGAUAUGCGCCUUUUGUCAACGGCUAGUGGACGCAGCGUAGAUGACACAGCACUUGUAGUGCAUUUGGUUUUACAGGAGGUUUCAGAGUAUGCUCAAAGUAAUAAAGGUCAUUAUCGUGUCUUGCCGACAAAGGAAAAGAGGAAGGAAUGGGAAAUCUUUUUCUCGACGAACUUAAUUCAGCCUGUCAUGCCUAAUUUGGAAAAUAGAAUCCGGAGCACAAUGGAAUUAAUUGUUAAUGACAAGCGCUUUGGUUCUAAUCCACUUCUUUGCCAGCUAUACGAGCUGGAAUCGAGUGUUGAGGACUAUACCAAGGGAAUACAACCAAAUUGUGUCGCGCUUUGGAGGUUUAGGACCCCUGUUACCAUAGGUCACGUGAUACGGACGUUUAGCGAGUCAGACGAAGCAAUAAAAAAUGGUUGUGUUGUUUUAGAAGAAUUCUUGAAAAAGGAAAAAGAACUACGCGCUAUCAAAUAUCUUCCUGAUGUUGUCAAGCUACAAAGAUUUCUCUUGGAUCAUUUCCAUCGUACCUUGGAUAAGACGGAGCUAAACACUUUAAAAUUGGGAAAAUUUUACAGACGGCUUACCAAAGGCGAUGCUGAGGAACUAAUGUCACUCGUUCAAAGCAUCCGUUCAGCUUUGGCUCUCAAAUCUCUUUCAGAAAAAGGUGCAAGAGAAGUCUCCAUUCUAUCAGUGGAUGAAGACUCUCCAGUUUCAAUUCUCACCAACAGCGCCGCUGGUAAUCCUUCUUUGGAUCUUGUACGAUUUCUUGUAGACACGCAAAAUAAGUUCCUUGAGUUUUGUAGUCAGAAGUUGGAUAACAUCACUUUGACUGGCAUUUCGUUACUUGAUGUAACCAAUUCAGAGUUGGUGUCGUACGAUACCGAUCGAGAUCUGAUCCCACUGGUGCUGGCACACUGUCGUUAUUCGAUUCAAGCUGGCCAUGGUACGUUGGUUGAGUAUAAUUGGCCUGCUCUACAAAAACAGAUAAUUGACAGGCUAAUACGCGGCAGAAUGCUAAUCGAUAUUGAGGAAAAGAACUUAGAACAAGCUGUCGUUCAUGUCACCGUUGAAACAGUUCUUACCAACCUCAAGUCUAAGAUUAAACAGGUCGAGCUGUCUGUCGCUAUCAAGAAUCAGAUAAUACAACAAUACCGAUCUCUAGAAGACGUUUGCGAGGCUUUAUCGUCGUUGAAUACUGCCAUAACUUUCCUAGCCUCAGGAGGCGGAAACCCUGCCAUGCCGAUCAGCGAAUAUAUCCAGCAUGUGUUGAURAUACCGGAAGAAUCUGAUUUGCACAAUACCAAGGCACAGGAGGUUUGUCAGCUUCAACACUCAAUCUCUCUUUGGCGACUGUUGACUAUUCAGAGGGCAAAGAUCUUGACCAGAAGGGGACAGGAUCCCUUUGAGCAGUUGUCUUCAGAAUUUAAAGCUCGUCUGGAGGAUAAAUCAGUGGAGCAGGCAUGGAAGGACAGUUUGGAGAAACUAAGCAAGGAUUCUCAUGACUUGCUAGUGACUAUUUUGUUAGACUUGAUAGUACUUCAUUUAAAGGAUGAUAUGGACAUUGGCAAUUUGAGUCUCAAGACAUACAUUGAGUGGUACAUGGACGAAUUAAAACUGGAACACGUUGCUGGUGUGUACUGCAUUCCUGAUAAUGCAAAGCUAAAACACAUAGUUGAGAUGUGGAAGAUCGCUAUCACAAGAUAAGGAUUUCCAGCUUAUUUUCUGGAUUCCGCACCUAUUAUUGUUACAUUUUGCUCGCAUAAUCAAGGAACCGCCUUAAACUUUAAGGGAGAGGCGUAAAUCAAGGUAGAAGACGUACUCAACUUUUCUUGGCCCUCCCAUGUUGGAAUGCACACGCGGUUUUGUUGACUCCCUUACCCAAAAUUUUUGUCUGCUUCUAUUUUACCGCCAUGAAUUACCCACCUAAAGACUCCCAAAUGCAAUUUUUUUAUAUCGACUUCGGUAUACUGAUACUAAACACACGUUAGUAUAGAAAUACUCUUCUAUAGUAAAAAAAAAUGAAACUUAUUCCUAGAAUCUUUCUGUAUGCAUGUUUUGUGUUCGAAAUGGCAAUUGUUAUUGCUUGUUGAAACUGAUGAGGAAUUUUAAAAAUUCUCUUGUAAACUGAGAAUGUUUAAUAUAUUUUGACUGAUAAAAUUGGUUCAGUAUUAAUCAAAAACAUAAAGUGAUUUCAAUAUGUUAAUUAUUCUGACGUUUGACGUUUUCGAGGCAGUUGAGUACGUAUUUGCUGUAAAUAGCAAUACUAAAUGCUGGCCAAAUACAUAUUAACCUUCAUGUCAACCAUUAGUAAAAAUAAUUUUGAAAUUAAGUUUUAAAUGACAUCACCAGUACUGAAUUAAAGAUUAAAUGUAUUUUGAUACAAUCCACAAACGUUUAUUGUUAAAUAAACGAUUGAAAAAACUCUGUA